CUACUAUGAGCAUGUACUCAGAUUUUCUGCAUUCCUUCCUGAAGCAUACGUCAACUACCAUUUUUGAUCUUGUGGAUGAGUAUGAAAGUAUUUGUAACAGUCAGGUGAAUAUACUAGGGAAAAUAGUUUAUCGGGCAACUCCUGGACAGCAAAAGUUUUCAAAAACUGCCAGUGUCUUGUGGCUUCUCAAGCAGGAGAUGGUGACUUGGAGACUGUUGUCCUCGCUUUAUAGAGACAGAAUACAGUCUGCACUGGAAGAUGAAACUGCAUUUGAUAUCACAGUUUUAACUUCUAGUGAAAAAACGAAUGUAGACAACUUGUUUCAGAAAGAUUCACUUGUUCGACAAAGCCAGCUGGUGGUAGAUUGGCUAGAGAGCAUUGCCAAGGAUGAAAUUGGGGACUUCUCCGAUAAUAUUGAGUUUUAUGCAAAAUCUGUAUAUUGGGAAAACACACUACAUAUCCUGAAGCAGCGACAGUUAAAUACAUACAUUGGAAGUUCUCGAGCUCUGGUAACAGAGUUGGCACAGCGCUUAUGCAAACGAUGUGGUCAGGCCUGGAGAGCUGCGACUUUGGAAGGAUGGAAGUUGUAUCAUGAUCCUAACAUAAAUGGAGGAAAAGAGAUCGAGCCUGUUCAAGGGAAUCCGUACAGGUGCAUUUGGAAAAUAAGUUGUUGGCGUAUGGCUGAAGAGGAGCAGUUUAAUAGAUAUGAGCGAGCAAUCUAUGCGGCACUGAGUGGAAACCUCAAACAGCUUCUUCCAGUUUGUGAUACCUGGGAAGACACAGUUUGGGCAUAUUUCAGGGUCAUGGUGGACACUCUUGUUGAGCAGGAAAUACGAACCUCAGUAAUAACUGCAGAGGAGAUGGAAGAGCUCCCUAGAGAUUAUUUAGAAACAAACUGGACUUCAGAAAAGGUUUUUGAAGAACUUCAGGCAACAGACAAAAAGAGGGUUAUAGAGGAGAAUCAAGAACACUACCAUGUGAUUCAGAAAUUCAUUAUACUGGGAGAUGUGGAUGGUUUGAUGGAAGAAUUCAGCAGAUGGCUUUCCAAAGACAGAAGUGUGCUCCCAGGACACCUCCUUCGUUUCAUGACGCAUCUUAUUCUGUUUUUCCGCACUUUGGGUCUGCAGACUAAGGAGGAAGUUUCUGUUGAAGUCCUGAAGACGUACAUUCAGCGGAUGAUAGCUGAGAAGCACACAGAUUUAAUAGCAUUUUAUGUUAGCCACUUGCCACCAGAGCUAGCUGUUGCUCAGUAUGCUUUAUUUCUUGAAGAUGUUACUGAAAGCGAUCAACGCCACCACUGCCUUGAAUUAGCAAAAGAUGCAGGUCUGGAUGUUGCAACCAUCACAAAAACUGUUGUUGAAAACAUCCGCAAGAAGGAUGCUGGUGAAUUCAGUCACCAUGACCAUAUGUUAGAGAUGGGCACCACGGAGGCGGAUCGGCUGAAAAUAGAUGUAAUUGACUGGCUCGUGUUUGAUCCUGCACAGCGGGCAGAAGCACUUAAGCAAAGCAAUGCAAUCAUGAGGAAGUUCUUGGCAUCCAAGAAACACGAAGCUGCAAAAGACGUGUUUGUGAAGAUUCCCCAAGACUCUAUAGCAGAAAUAUAUAACCAAUGGGAAGAACAGGGAAUGGAUACUCCACUUCCAGCGGAAGAUGACAACGCUAUACGGGAACAUUUGUGUAUUCGGGCGUAUUUGGAAGCCCAUGAAACCUUUAACGAAUGGUUUAAACACAUGAACUCGGCUCCACAGAAGCCUUCUUUGAUACCACAAGCAAGUUUCACUGAAAAAGUGGCCCAUGAACAUAAAGAAAAGAAGUACGAGAUGGAUUAUGGUAUUUGGAAAGGCCUCUUGGACGCUCUUACAGCUGAUGUGAAAGAGAAAAUGUACAAUGUGUUACUGUUUGUGGAUGGAGGAUGGAUGGUGGAUGUCAGAGAGGAUGCCGAGGAUGACCCUGAACGAACGCACCAGAUGAUUUUGCUGCGGAAGCUGUGUCUGCCAAUGAUGUGCUUUUUACUGCACACGGUGUUACACAGCACCGGGCAGUAUCAGGAGUGCCUGCGACUGGCUGACAUGGUCGCUUCUGAGCGACACAAGCUUUAUACGGUAUUUUCAAAAGAGGAACUCCGAAAACUUCUACAGAAGCUGAGGGAAUCUUCUCUGAUGCUUCUGGACCAGGAUCUUGAUCCUUUGGGAUAUGAACUUUAGUCAUAGGAUUCCGUGUAGAUACUUGCAAAAACUUCCGAACGCAGAUGGACAUUCUGGUUGUAAAAAAGAACAA